CGGAACCGGAAGAAAACAAGCUGAUCAUACUGCUGAUCUGUGAAUGAGAAAGAUGGAAGAUUUAAUCUCAAUAAACUGCGUUAAACUUCUGAUCACCGCUUUAUUUUACACAUGCGUGUGCUCCAGCUCAGUGGAACAGAAGAUCUAUGUUGAGCUCAAUGAAACGGUUCCUUGUGUCCGACUGCUGAACGCCACACAUCAGAUCGGCUGCCAGUGUGAGUCCAUUACAACACUUUCCCACAUGUAUGUGAAGCUGAGUGUGUGUGAUUGUGUUUCAGGUGUGUAUAGUGCGAGUUACGGCUCUGAUCUAGCGAACUGUAACGUGACCGUGUGGAAUCCUCUCGGGAACGGACUGUCCUAUGAAGACUUCGCUUUCCCUGUGUUUGCUCUGAAAGACGAGAAUCAGACUCAGGUCAUCCGUAAGUGUUACGAGCAUCAUAACCUGCGUGUGAACGGAAGCGCUCCUCAGUAUCCGCUGUGUGCCAUGCAGCUCUUCUCACACAUGCAUGCUGUGACCGACACUGUGACCUGCAUGAGACGCACCGACCUGCAGAACCGAUUCGGCAUCAACUCAGAAGUCCUGUGUGACCCGUUGAGUGAUUUUAACGUCUGGACAUCCACUCGGCCCCUCAACAGCAGCGCCAAGGGCCACGCAGCUAACGAGAGCAUCGUCAUCGCAGCCACACGGCUCGACGGCAGGUCGUUUUUCUGGGAACAGGCUCCGGCGGCCGAAGGAACCGUGUCUGGAAUCGUCACCCUAUUGGCCGCCAUUCAAGCCCUCUCUCCUGUCACUCAGGAAGCUCCGCCCCCUCGCAAUAUCUUCUUCACCUUCUUCCAAGGGGAAGCCUUUGACUACAUUGGCAGCUCAAAAAUGGUGUAUGACAUGGAAAAAAACGAUUUUGUUAUUGACAUGAACAAUGUGCACUCCAUGCUGGAAAUUGGGCAGGUAUGA